AUGAUCUUCGCCGCCCGCCAACUUCAGGGGAAGUGCCAGGAGAUGCGGACCCACCUGUACUCUACCUUCGUGGACCUGACGAAAGCCUUCGACACGGUGAAUCGUGAAGGACUGUGGAAGAUCAUGCAGAAAUUCGGCUGUCCGGAGCGAUUCACUCAGAUGGUGCGUCAGCUGCACGACGGUAUGAUGGCACGAGUCACGGACAACGGAGCUGUCUCAGAGGCAUUCGCAGUGACUAACGGAGUGAAACAGGGAUGCGUGCUGGCACCAACCCUCUUCAGUCUUAUGUUCUCUACCAUGCUGAUGGACGCCUACCGCGACGAACGUCCCGGGAUUCGCAUCGCCUACAGGACGGACGGUCACCUGCUGAAUCAACGGUGGAUGCACUUCCAAUCACGCGUAUCCACAACAACCGUUCACGAACUCCUCUUCGCCGACGACUGCGCCCUGGACACCACCUCAGAAGAGGAGAUGCAACGGAGCAUGGACCUGUUCCCCGCCGCCUGCGCGAACUUCGGUCUGAUCAUUAACACGCAGAAGACGGUGGUGAUGCACCAAACUCCGCCCAACUCAGCCACAGCCCCCAACGCGCCGCAAAUCAGCGUGAAUGGGACCCAACUGCAAGUGGUAGAGAACUUCCCGUACCUGGGAAGCACCCUAUCUCGCAACACAAAGAUCGAUGACGAAGUCGCCAACAGAAUCUCGAAAGCCAGUCAAGCCUUCGGACGCCUCCAAAGUACAGUUUGGAAUCGCCACGGUCUCCAACUGAGCACAAAGCUGAAGAUGUACAAGGCCGUCAUCCUGCCGACGUUACUGUACGGAGCGGAGACUUGGACGGUGUACACGAGGCAGGCACGUCGAUUGAAUCACUGCCACCUCAGUUGUCUCCGUCGCAUCCUGAGGCUGAACUGGCAGGACCGCAUACCCGACACCGAUGUGCUGGAACGGACGGGAAUCCUGAGAAUCUACUCCAUGUUGAGACAAAUGCUGCUUCGCUGGAGCGGCCAUCUGGUGCGCAUGGACGACGAGCGACUACCCAAACGACUCUUCUACGGAGACGUCGCGACGGGUUCUCGUCGUCAAGGAGGCCAAAUUCGCCGUUACAAGGAUACCCUGAAGUCCUCCCUGAAGCGCCUGCAAAUCAACCCGACCAACUGGGAAGAGCUCGCCCGCGAUCGUCCGACAUGGAGGAGAACAGUGAAGACGGGCGCUGCCAUCCACGAAGCCAACCGCAUCGCCGCCGCCAAAGUGAAACGCGAAGCCCGCAAAUCCCAACUCCGCCCAGUACGCAACGCCGCCGCACAACCGCUCCCUACGUGUCCUCGAUGUCAACGGACAUUCCGGGCACGAAUCGAACUUGUUGGACAUCUUCGGAUCAACUGCACCUCUCGAACUGCUCCAGCCAUCGUCCCCCCGCCCGCCUCUUCCUCGUCCUCUCUUCCGCCAACUAACUCUGACACUCCACCACCACUUCCAUCCUCCUCCUUCUCAUCCACUGUCCCAGCGGCGGCCUUUCAGGCUGCCGUCUCACACAUCACCAACCCCGACACAACAACCGCCACCACCCCCACCUCUCCCGAUUCCAGUGAUGAGGAUCAGGACUACACCUGCCCUCACUGCGACCGCACCUUCACCUCUCGCAUCGGCCUGGUCGGUCACUUGCGAAUCCAUCGCACAGAGACUGGCGAACCAGUGCCUGGAGCACCAACCUACACCCACCGCACUCGCCUCCACUGCCCACACUGCCCUCGCACCUUCAGGCAUCGCAUGGGUCUAUUCGGCCACAUGCGCAUCCACGAGAGCGGAAUUUACCGCAGCCUUGACACACCCACCCCGCCGAGCCCCACUCCCAAUGCACCACCUUUUGCACCCCCUAACCACUCCCCAGCCGACAUCGACGCCAUCGACCUUACCACCCCUCACUCCUCCCCUUCCUCCUCCUCUUCCUCCUUCACUGCCACAACGACGGCCGCUACGGCGUCUGUCGCCCACGAUUUCACCACAGCCGAACCUGACACAACAACCGGCACAACCCCUGCAACCUCCAUCAUCAGACAUGAGGGCCAGGUCUACAUCUGCCCUCACUGCGAUCGCACCUUCACUUCACGCAUCGGCCUGGUCGGUCACUUGCGAAUCCAUCGCACAGAGACCGGCGAACCAGUGCCUGGAGCACCAACCUACACCCACCGCACUCGCCUCCACUGCCCACACUGCCCUCGCACCUUCACGCAUCGCAUGGGUCUAUUCGGCCACAUGCGCAUCCACGAGAGCGGAAUGGACCACAAUUCCGAUACAACAACCACGCCCGUCAUGCCCAGCACCACCCUCGCACCAUCCGUCUGCACCACCACCAACGCCUCCUCUGUAGCUGACACUGACGCCGCCGACUUCCCCUGCCCACACUGUGCACGCACAUUCACCUCUCGCAUCGGCCUGGUCGGUCACUUGCGAAUCCAUCGCACAGAGACCGGAGAACCAGUGCCUGGAGCACCAGCCAACACCCACCAAGCUCGUCUCCACUGCCCACACUGCCUUCGCACCUUCAGGCAUCGUAUGGGCCUGUAG